AGAGGCUGGGGCGGGGCGGAGCGAGGCGGGGAGGACGGGGGCGGGCGGGGACGAGGCACGCGCGGCGCCGAGAAUCCGACGCACUCUGUCCGCCGACACAGGCCUGCCACGGCCCGCCGCCCGCCCGUCGUCCUCGCCAGCGAAAGCUCACAAACAAAAAUGGGAGCUGGAAAAGGAGGAGCAGAGGCCUUUAAUGUUAUCUUCUGGUUUGUGGUUCUUAUUCUCAUAUCAUGGUGGAUAGCAUCUUUGUGUUUUGUGCCCUAUUUGAUUGUGAGUGUUUUAGUGCCAUGUAUUAAAGAUCUCAAAGGCCUUCAAGAUAUUUUAUUAGCUGGAAUUACGUUUCCCCACAAGUGCUCUGACAAUCUUGUAAAUCGCAGAUCCUAUAAUGCCAUUUAAAAAACAGUUCCAACUAAUGUACAUUGAAUCUUUUCCUCAAUAAAUAAUUAUAAGAAAUUGAUAGACUGAUAUAACCAAUACAUUUAUUGUCAAUUUUUUACAGUAAUUUAUACAAUAUAAAAAUUGUUUACACUUAAUUUUGUAUCAGUUGACAAAUAAAUAUGUUGUUU